GAUGGCAACUGGAAUCACUGUCUUCCUUCCUAUCCUGAUCCCAAGGUUCUCUGUCACCACAAACGACCACACUUUCGUGCAUAUCUAGUUGCUCGCUCCUCUUUCGUCACUGUCACUUUACGGUCCCUUUCCAACGAGCAGAAUGUCUUCUCCCACUGAAACUAUCCCUCCUUUCGGCCAGAUGAAUCUAACCUGCAUGUGGCUGGAAACAAUUUUAUAUGGUAUGUACCUUGUAUUAUAUGGCGGAUGCGUGCACGUCUUGGUGGGGAAACGUGUUGGUGCUCAUAAGAUUCUAUUAGCCGCUUCGACAUUGUCAAUCUUAAUAGCCACUGGGCAUGUCAUCAUUUCAUUUUUGCAAUUGCUUCACGCAUUCACAGAUCCAGCCAUCCUGGCUAUUCCCAAUGGACCUGACAUUUACUUGGGCACGAACACUCUACAGUUUGUCAAUGGAAGCCUUUACAUCUCCAAUCUUUGCCUUCAAGAUUACCUCUUGAUAUGGAGAUUCUACGUUGUUUGGAAUUUCAAUUGGAAGUUUUGCAUUUUCCCAGUUUUGUUUCAGACUAUACAAUUUGCCGUUGCAAUCACUGCCGACGCACACCUUUUCGGGCCAGGCGCAAGUAUUCUGUCGCCCGGUGUCUUCCCCUUGGCUAUGACAGGCUGGUCGAUGGAUUCUUUCAUCAAUGUUUUCGCAACAUGUGGGAUCGCGUACCGACUCUGGAAGGCAGGAAGGAAAUCCUACGAAUUCGGCGGGCGAUAUACGUACAAGUCCACCAUGUUCAUGAUGAUAGAAUCAGGUAUCCUCGCUGCACUAUGCAGCAUCAUCUUGCUCUGUCUUUUGGCACGCGGAAACGUUGCAGGAAAUGUGGGAACCAAUUUUCACACACAACUCGCCUCGACUAUUCCUUUCCUCAUUAUUGUGCGAGUUGGAUAUGGUCUCCAACAUGGAAAAGACGUUCGUACCACCACGUUCACCAGAGGUACCACGACAUUGCCGAGGUUCUAUACCCCUCCACAGGUCGACAACACUAACAUUGAGUUCUCUUCCACCGGUACUGGAAAUUUAGAGAUUAUGGCCUACAACGCAGACAAAAGGGAAAGUGUAAUAAUGUUAACUGACCAAAGUACUGAAGGCUGACUCAUGACAGUAAUGUUCAAGAUUUAACUAGUCACGAGUAUAUAUGAUUAACACGAAGUUAUACAGUUGCGUUCCUGUAGACAUAAAAACGUAUAGUUGAUCUUAGUGAAUACAUAAAUAUUUGUAGUAGU